ACAAGCCGAGCGCCAGCAGUAAAUCCGUUACCACUUCAUUUACCAGCUAGCUACACUGAUGGAUGGAUAUAUAGGGAUCCAUAUUUUGUAGGUAGAUGAGUUGCUUUUACCGCCCAGUGAGUUAUCUAGUUGACAGGGUUUAUGGUAGAAAUCCAUUUUUAGCACGUUGGGGGCGAUUAAACAACGGAGAGCCAUUCACGUUCAAUGGAGGGAAGCGAAGUUGGCGGUGACCAUUGGGCAUGCAAGAAUUGGCGAGGGAGCGAGACCAACGUUGUGGAAGGCUGAACUUUUGCAUACUCGGCGACAUCGCGUCGCGAUUGACAAAUCAAAGGUCACUCGUUUCCAGCCCCUACUGGAUUGUUUUUGCAUACCUAGCACUUUGUAGCCUGCUAGCACCGACACGAGGGCGAAGCUAGAGUGGCUAUCCAUUUAUAGUGGAUGACUUCUGUUAGGUUCAGAUGGAACAGCUCAGCUUCUGCGGAAAAUACCAAGAUGGUCCAGAGUGAUUCCUGAUGGUAGCUAGAGACUGAGAAGGCCUGACUAUAACUACAACCUCUACCAGUGUCUUAACCAGCCACCUCAAACGGGUGUGUGUGACCUACCCUUCAGUGUGGGGGUGUUAGGACUAUCCCUACUGCCCUGACAGCAUGGCCCCAGCGGUGGGCGGUCCGGCGGGCUAUACUCCUCCAGAGGGGGGCUGGGGCUGGGCGGUUGUGGUGGGAGCCUUCAUCUCUAUCGGCUUCUCCUAUGCCUUCCCCAAGUCCAUCACUGUCUUCUUCAAGGAGCUGGAGGCCACCUUUGACGCUACGCCCUCACAGGUCUCAUGGAUCUCCUCUAUCAUGCUGGCCUGCAUGUACGGCGGAGGACCAAUUAGCAGUAUCCUGGUGAACCGCUAUGGCAGUCGACCAAUCAUGAUGCUAGGGGGCUGUCUGUCAGGAAGUGGUUUGAUAGCAGCUUCCUUCUGCAACACUGUGCAACAACUCUACUUGUGUGUCGGAGUCAUUGGAGGUCUGGGUCUAGCGUUCAACCUGAACCCGGCGUUGACUAUGAUUGGUAAAUACUUCUAUAAGCGUCGUCCUAUAGCUAAUGGCAUUGCCAUGGCGGGCAGCCCAGUCUUCCUGUCCACGCUGGCUCCUCUUAACUCCUGGUUCUUUGACCAGUUUGGCUGGAGGGGCUCCUUCCUCAUCCUAGGGGGUCUACUGCUCAACUGCUGUGUCGCCGGGGCCUUGAUGAGACCCAUCGGACCCAAACCUGCCGGAUCCCAACUGUCGGAGAACGGGGCGGUGAAGAAGGCCGAGUCUAAUCUGACGGUGAUGCAGCGUGUCAAUGGCGUGAUCGACCUGACGCUGUUUAAACACCGCGGCUUCCUGCUGUAUCUCCUUGGCAACGUCAUCAUGUUCUUUGGCCUGUUCACUCCCCUCGUCUUCCUCUCCAACUACGCUAAGAGUAAGGACAUCAGUAAAGAGAAGGCUGCUCUGCUCCUCUCCAUCCUCGCCUUUGUUGACAUGUUCGCCCGUCCUUCUAUGGGGCUGUUAGCCAACACCCGCUGGGUCCGACCCAGGAUACAGUACUUCUUCGCUGCAUCCGUGCUCUAUAACGGGGUGUGUCACGUCUUGGCGCCUCUGUCCGUGGACUAUGUAGGCUUCGUGGUGUAUGCUGUGUUCUUUGGGUUUGCGUUCGGCUGGCUGUCAGCAGUUCUGUUUGAGACUCUGAUGGACCUGGUCGGGGCCCAGAGGUUCUCCUCUGCCGUCGGACUGGUCACCAUCGUGGAGUGUGGACCGGUACUGCUGGGACCGCCACUACUCAGUCGUUUCUAUGACUUCUAUGGUGACUACCAGUGGACCUACCUGUGUUGUGGUAUCAUCCUCAUCAUCUCCUCAGUCUUCCUCUUCGUAGGGAUGGGCAUCAACUACAAGCUGUUGGAGAGAGAGAAGGAGGAGGAGGAGAGGAGAGAGACGGAGCGGCCCAAGGAGGAGUGCAAAGCCAUGCUGGAGGGAGAGAAGGAAAGGGGGGAGGAGAGUAGUGAAGCCACAGCCAUGACGGAUGUUUCUAAGAUGGAUGAAGAUACUGUUUAGCAACUCAAUUUAGCCGCGGUCGGGGGGCUGAAACAUAAUUAGAAUAAUUUGAUCACUGUAAAUUCACCACAACUAAGCCCAAAAAUAGAUAACAUGAUCACUUCAUACCUUGAUUACAUUGAGACACAAUCACAAGUCUUUAUUUUUAUUCAUGGGAAUAGUUGGGAGCACAUUUCCUAAAUUUAAAUAUUUUUUUUUAUCCCUUAUUAUUAUUAUUUUUAUUAUUACUACUAUUUCAGGGGGCCCAAAAAAUCACUUUCUGGCUGGUUUUGGCCUCUGGGCCGCCUGUUACCCAACCCCUGCUGUAUAGAGACUGACCUGAUCUGGACACACACCCUCUGCUUUGGUAAACUGAGCCGAGUCCUCUACAGUAGACAAGCUAUAACACGGAGGACUACUCUCUCUGAGCUCACACCAUCCAGUAUCUAUCCUCUACACACUGUCCUCAGACCUGGACGGUCAUGUCUUUGUGCUUCCCAGAUCCCGUGUGCGGUACGAUCAAUUCACAGUAUUAUAGGUGAUCAGAUUGAUUGACAGUGUUAAGUAAUACCAGGUGUUGUUCUUGUAAUGAUUAGUAGAAUGUAGAGACUGUAAUUCUGUCAUGAUGUAUAUUCCUAGUUGAGGAGCACAACGAUGUGAGUUGAACCUCUAAGCUUUUCAGUUUAGCUGAGAAGCUUUUUUUAAGCACUUUGAACAUCUUUUUGAAGACAGACACAACCUUUCUCGUGUGUUUUGUGUUUUUAACUAUUUUUGUCCCCACAAGAGUAGUAAAGGAACAGAAAUGUGACCAACUGGGACAUUUUGUUUGUCCUCACAAGGUCAAAGGUUAUUUCUAGGUGGUUUAGGGUUAAGGUUAGACUUAGUGUUAGAAUGAUGUUAAGGAUUAGUUCUAGGGUUAGGAACUAGGGUUAGGAACUAGGGUUAGGAGCUAGGGUUAGGGACUAGGGUUAGGGACUAGGGUUAGGGACUAGGGACUAGGGUUAGGGACUAGGGUUAGGGACUAGGGUUAGGAACUAGGGUUAGGGACUAGGGUUAGGAACUAGGGUUAGGGACUAGGGUUAGGAACUAGGGUUAGGAACUAGGGUUAGGGACUAGGGUUAGGAACUAGGGUUAUGAAUGGGACUGAAUUGUGUGUCCCCACAAAGUUAGCUCUGUGUGUGUGUGACUCUGUGACUCUCAGUCCUAUGGGACUGAUCCAUAUUAUCUCUAUUCAGACAGACAGGAACACAGAUCGGCAGACAGGCAGGCAGGCGGACAGGCGGACAGGUGUUUCUUUUAGUACUGUAUCAUAUCAGCAGAUACUGUAUCAAUAUGUCCCAAACUGAACCCUAUUCCCUAUAUAGUGCACUACUUUAGACCAGAGCCCUAUUCCCUAUAUAGUGCACUACUUUAGACCAGAGCCCUAUUCCCUAUAUAGUGCACUACUUUAGACCAGAGCCCUAUUCCCUAUAUAGUGCACUACUUUAGACCAGAGCCCUAUUCCCUAUAUAGUGCACUACUUUAGACCAGAGCCCUAUUCCCUAUAUAGUGCACUAAGGUUAAGGGUAUUAUUUGAGAGGCCCUAUGUCUGCAGAUACAGUAUGAGUGUUAAUUCACUAAGUCCUUCCAUUCAAAAGUCUGGGGUAGUACCAUCUGUCGCCAGGAGAGGGCAGUAGAGUCUUUAGGACAUUCUGAAGUCUGGGGUAGUACCAUCUGUCGCCAGGAGAGGGCAGUAGAGUCUUUAGAACAUUUAAAAGUCUGGGGUAGUACCAGCUGUUACCAGGAGAGGGCAGUAGAGUCUUUAGGACAUUCUGAAGUCUGGGGUAGUACCAGCUGUUACCAGGAGAGGGCAGUAGAGUCUUUAGGACAUUCUGAAGUCUCGGGUAGUACCAGCUGUUACCAGUAGAGUCUUUAGAACAUUUAAAAGUCUGGGGUAGUACUGGCUGUCACCAGGAGAGGGCAGUAGAGUCUUUAGAACAUUUAAAAGUCUGGGGUAGUACCAGCUGUUACCAGGAGAGGGCAGUAGAGUCUUUAGGACAUUUUGAAGUCUGGGGUAGUACCAGCUGUCACCAGGAGAGGGCAGUAGAGUCUUUACAACAGUGUUCACGUUUUCUGAGUCAAAAUCACUUUCACAGUCAAAAAGUAAGCUGAAAUCUACAGCUCAGAUUGUUUUUCCAUAAAUUACUUAAAAAAUGUAACAUUAACCUAAUAAAAACAGUUCUGUAGGAAUGAGGUUUGUGCAGUAGGCCUAAUACAUUAUCACAGUAUAUUGGCUAUAUGCCUGGCCUGCCAAUAUUGUUAUUCUUAGACCAUAUUAUAUUUCAAAACUCGAGCUUUGAUAACAUAGAUCAGUUGGUGUAGCGAGGCACUGCAGAGCAUGAGUUGAAAUAUGCUUUUUUAUUUUACUGCACUGAUGGUACCUGCAUCUGCCUCAUGCACACAUUCAUGUUGUUCCUACGACCAGAGAAAGUGAAGUAUUCAUUGAUAUUAAAAUAGAGACCACGAGCUGCUAAUAAUAAUAAUAAAACGCAGGGCUAUCGAUACACUUUGUUAUUCAUUCAUUGCAGCUACAGCGCAAGCGGAAGUAUGGAGAAGCGUGUUUUAUGUUUUGUAAUAGUGUUGAAUAAAAACAGUUUUGACAGUGCUGAAUAAACAAACUCAGCAGCUCUUUGCUAUAUUCUAUGACGGUCUCUCUGUGGUCAUGAUUUUAAAAUGUUUUACAUUUUAUGUAGGCUAGUAGCCUAUCAAACUGCUGGGGCCAGGGUCCUGGAAGAUCUGUAGGAACGAUUAUUUGAGUUAUCCGAUUGGCCAGCGCAGUAGGCACGCUCAAUAUAGCUACAGAUCUCCCAGUCUGCAGGGUAGGCGGAGUUGAUCUUAUCAGACAAAUAAAAUGGGAACACUUUGCCUAGCCGGUGCGCAGGGCUUCUGAAUCAAUGCACCUACCAACAACCGUGUAACACAAAUAAAAAAGGAGAGCGAGCCUUUGUCUUUUCUACAGACAUGCUUGAUGAUUUGACUAGGAAUACCUUGAAGAUCGAUCAGUCAGUGACCGGUGCUUUAGAACAUUCAGAAGUCUGGGGUAGUACCGGCUGUCACCAGGAGAGGGCAGUAUAAUAUUUAGAACAUUCAGAAGUCUGGGGUAGUACCGGCUGUCACCAGGAGAGGGCAGUAUAAUAUUUAGAACAUUCAGAAGGCUGGGGUAGUACCGGCUGUCACCAGGGGAGGACAGUAUAAUAUUUAGACCAUUCAGAAGUCUGGGGUAGUACCGACUGUCACCAGGAGAGGGCAGUAUAAUAUUUAGAACAUUCAGAAGGCUGGGGUAGUACCGGCUGUCACCAGGAGAGGGCAGUAUAAUAUUUAGACCAUUCAGAAGUCUGGGGUAGUACCGGCUGUCACCAGGAGAGGGCAGUAUAAUAUUUAGACCAUUCAGAAGGCUGGGGUAGUACCGGCUGUCACCAGGGGAGGGCAGUAUAAUAUUUAGAACAUUCAGAAGGCUGGGGUAGUACCGGCUGUCACCAGGAGAGGGCAGUAUAAUAUUUAGACCAUUCAGAAGUCUGGGGUAGUACCGGCUGUCACCAGGAGAGGGCAGUAUAAUAUUUAGAACAUUCAGAAGGCUGGGGUAGUACCGGCUGUCACCAGGGGAGGACAGUAUAAUAUUUAGACCAUUCAGAAGGCUGGGGUAGUACCGGCUGUCACCAGGAGAGGACAGUAUAAUAUUUAGACCAUUCAGAAGGCUGGGGUAGUACCGGCUGUCACCAGGGGAGGGCAGUAGAGCCUUUAGGACAUUAAAACCUUCUCUCUGGGUUAGGUUGCCCAGGGGACAAAGAUUUAUCCUCAAUAGUGUUUCAACCUUUCAGAUUUUUGUCAUUUCACUCCAUCGAUCAGCACUCCACAUUGAAAUGUUUUUAAAAACAGAAUUAAAUAAUGUUUAACACUUGUGCCAUGUGACAAAUGAUUACUUUAGCAUUUCUUGUUCUCGGUCUUCCAUGAUAUUGUGAUGCAGCCUUUCUUUACUGUGUGUGUGUGAUGUCAUGUUUAAAGGAAGUGUGUCAUGUUUUUCCUGUUUGAUUGGAUGAAGGAACAGUGUUGCUGCUUCAGUUGUAGUAUGUAAUAACUAGCUAUUAUCUGGUGCUUAAUGAGGGAUUUGGGCCCAGUUCAGAUCCACUCAAACACUGCUUUGCCGCCUCCCCUCCCUCCCUUUCUUUCUGUCAUUAUGUGAGGAAGGAUGAGGUACAUAUUUGAACUGAAGGAAUAUAAAGCUACUGUGGCUUGUGAUGUCUUGAGGUGAGCCCUGGUUGUAUAAAGACACCUGGAAGGUUGACAGGAUUUAACAAGUCAUACUCUUCCAGCAGUGUAGAGGAGUUUUGGUUCUUGUGAUCAAUGUUCCCUUAAAAUAAUUUAGGCGCUGGGCAAAUUUAAGGUCUGCUUAGCACAAACUUGUUGAAUGUUGUGAAAAUUCUGUGCAACUUCCGGCGCGUUUACUGUGUAAACUGAGGCUGUACCGGCUUUAAGUUACAGCUUCAGACCGUGGUCAAGUAGGGUACUGGGGCUAUUCGAUCAUAAUGUAGGUCUACCAGAGUGCCUUCCAUCAAAACCAUGGAGAAAAUGAAUACAUCCCAUAACAUUUGAAAAUAGCUGUUGUAUCAUUCAGCCCACAGUAGCCGCCAACGUGUGGUGUGUGUAGAGUACGGGUGGUGUGUGUAGAGUACGGGUGGUGUGUGUAGAGUACGGGUGGUGUGUGUAGAGUACGGGUGGUGUGUGUAGAGUACGGGUGGUGUGUGUAGAGUACGGGUGGUGUGUGUAGAGUACGGGUGGUGUGUGUAGAGUACGGGUGGUGUGUGUAGAGUACGGGUGGUGUGUCAGUGGAAUAGUUCCUAUUCCGGCGGGUUCUGCCGACAACAAAAUCUCUUGCGUAGUUAGUUUUGUUUCGGUAUGUUACAUAGAAAGCGGUUAAUAUUUCAUUGAUUCUAUCACAAUUCCCACAGUAAAGGGAAACGUUGAGAGUGUUAAUUACAGGGAGAAAACAGUAGAAAGUUGAGUGAAGUUCAAUCUCGUGCUUCAUCUUAGACGGAACAUUGUGAUUUAUAGUUGACCAUCUCCGCAGCAGCAGAUUGGCCUCUAGAGGAGAACAGUAGAAAACAUGACUGAAAAUAUCAAACAAUGCAGUGCUACUUUUUAUGGCGAGGAAAUGAAUAAACCAUUUUAAACACAA